AUGCGUGGAGGAGAUGAUAGAAUAUUAAGUAGACAUUUGGCAAGUGAUCGAUCUACUGGGUCUUUUCGUGGAAAUUCUGAAAAUUUUGGUUUUGGCGGAAAUUCUUUUUUUGACGGUCUUCACCCAAAUCGAAAUUCAAUGGGAAAUUCAUCAUUAAGACGUUCAAUGCCUUCAGUAAAUAAUGAUAAUGAAAAAAUAAUAAAUACUAAAGAAGAAAGAGGGGAUAAACAACAAUUAAAUAUAAACAACAGACAUGCAAGUUUUUGUUUGGAUACUGAAAGUUCUGAAAGAAAAGUAGUUGAUGGAUUGGGGGCUUUGGCUUUUGGUGGUGGAAAUAAAAAAGAAAAUAAUAAAUCUGAAAAAAUGUUAGAGAAUUUAUUUAUACAGUUGGGAUAUGACUAA